AUGAUGGAAUAUGCAAAAACGCGCAAAGGGCCGCUGCCUGGAGGUCGCCAGGGCGCGUCUGGUGCUGGCGCUGAACGCGACAGCAUGCGAACCGCCAGCCGAGCGAGAAGUGCUGCACGACCACCCAUCAGCCCCUCGCACCCAUCAUCCCCACCAGCUGGCUUGGUGUCGGCAGGGUCUUCGCAGGCCCAGCAAUCAGCACCCGCCACUGGUGGAGUACGCCGCAUGCGAUGGACAACCGAAAUGAAUACUAACGCAUUGCGGGCGUAUUUUAGGGCGAAAGGGGGAGAAGUUGGAGGUUUGGCGUAUCGGGCUAGGAUGCAUCGUCUUUUUGCUGAGCUGGAGCCAUCUUUAACCGUCUCAGAGCAAAACCUGGCAGACCGGGUUCGGUAUAUCUUGCGCACAAAUAUAUUUGAUGUCGCCGAACUCGAACGACUACGACGUGAGGCUGUUCCCUCAUCGGAUGAAAAUGCUAUGGCUGAGGAUGCGGCGCUACAAAUUGCAGAGCAACCCGCAAAUAUGAAUGCCGCCGUGAAUACCCCAGUUGUGGUUGAUUCAAACGAUGAUGGAACAGUCGCCCAGGAACUGGAAUUAGAGCAUAUGAGGAGUACAUUGGAAGAGGCGAUUGUGGAAACGCGCAGUACGCCUCUCGAAAAUCGACCGCGACUUCCCCGCAUAGCCCUAAGCAAGCGGAAUCGGGCUGUCGUGAGGGUUCUGAACCCAAUGCUGGUGACCUAUUUGGAAGCCAGCCGGGACCUUUGCGAGACGGACUCAAUUCUUUUUGGCGCCGCACUGGCAGUGUCAGGCAACAACAGGCCAAGGAUUGUGCGCACCGUCAGGAUGGCAUUUGCUGGGACAAAUGUAAGAUUGUCCCAGCCGGAUAUAAUGCAAAAACUGACGGAGCGCAUAGACGACCUGAAGCAGAGAAUCGCUGCUUGGGGAAAGUGGAUUCGGCGAUAUACCGAGAGGUCGACACGGUUUAACCAGAAUUGUCUCUUCCAGAGUGAUCAGAAGAGGCUCUAUAAAUCGUUGGAGCGACCAAUGGUAAGUGGAACGGGCCCAGCACCGAAUCAGGCCGACACUGUAGCAUUCUGGCGCGGCCUGUGGUCAGAGCCCGUAAACCACAGCGAGGGCCCUUGGACGGAAGUUGUGGCGAGUCAGUGUGCGAGUAUAACGCCCAUGGACCCCGUCAUUAUAACGCCGGAUGACGUAGCUGAGGCGGUCCGUAGGGCCCCGAACUGGAUAAGUCCGGGACUCGACCGGGCUGCAUCACUACUGGCUGAAGGGGUUUGUGGUGUGUCACACUGUGCUCGCCCGACAGUUCCAAGAGGCUCUCAACCAGAAGUCGCUCCCGAGCCUCUUCACUACUGGGAUAACUCAUUUGGUUCCUAA